AACUGCAUCUCGUCGCCGGGCCAACAUGUCGCCGCGUCAGCUCUCACCUCGACUGGUCUGCAGAUUGCACAAAGUCGUCUUUGUACCAAUGCCUCGUUCGCCUGCACUCCUCUCCUUCCCACCGACGUGUUCGGCAGUCGCAAUCAGCCGGGUUAGACGGAAACGCUGCCUACUCACUCUUAUGA